UCCUAUAUGAAGCAGAAACAAAUAGCCGGAAACGUUAAUCUACUAAAUUUAAUAACACACAUGAAAUACUAACAUGGCUAAUCGUUUAUUUUCUAGCAAUUUUCUGAGAACCUCUAUUUUUUCGUUUCGAAAUUAUUGUAGUUGUUCAAAAGAAGAGAUUCAAAAAUUAGUGAAUAAUAACAAAGUUGUAAUUUUCAUGAAAGGUGUUCCUGACCAACCUCGUUGUGGAUUUAGCAAUGCAGUAGUUCAGAUUCUUCGUAUGCACGGUGUGAAAUAUGAUAGCCAUAACGUUCUUGAAGACGAGAAAAUGAGACAAGGAAUUAAAGAUUUUUCCAACUGGCCGACAAUACCACAAAUAUAUAUUGAUGGAGAAUUUAUCGGUGGAUGUGAUAUCUUGUUACAAAUGCAUCAAAGUGGAGAAUUAAUUGAAGAGCUUAAAAAAGUGGACAUAACAUCAGCAUUACUUCAGAAGGAUAACUCAUAAUGUGUGUCAUUAAAAUAUUUGUUCAUUUAUAUAGAAAAUAGCAUUAUUUAGCUUUUACUUAAAUGUUCCAUUUGAAUUAGAAAUAAAUUGUACAUAUUUUGAAUUAAAUUAAUUUUUCAAUGAAGCAUGAAAUUUUAAUUUAAACAUGAGCUUUGCAAUAGAUUAUAAAGUUGCUGGCAAUAUGAAUAAAUUCUUAAAAUUCUU